AUGGACACACCAGAGAACAAGCCCAAGCAACUGCUGGAGUCCAAGAUCCCACAACGACCUACCUUGUCGCUGCCAAAGGGUGGCGGAGCAAUUCAGGGGAUGGGAGAGAAAAUCGAGGUAAAUCCAAGCAACGGCACUGCUAGUCUUAGCAUUCCCAUCAAGGUCCCUGCGGGUCGUUCGGGCAUGCAGCCGAAUCUUGCCUUGACCUACGACUCAGGGGUUGGCAACAGCGAAUUUGGCCUCGGCUGGCGACUGUCGGGGGUCGAAUCCAUCACGCGCAAGACAAGCAAGGGGAUACCGCAAUACAAUGACCAUGGGACUGACGACGAACCCGACGUAUUUCUGCUAGCAGGUGCCGAGGACCUUGUACCGGUGUGGAAGCGUGGCGAGUCCGGCAGCGUGAUCACCGAUGCCUCCGGCCGGCCAGUACCAGAUGAGGUCAUGACCGACGGUUUCAUGGUUCGGGUCUACGCUCCCCGUAUCAUCACCGAUUUCAGCUGGAUCGAGCGGUGGACCCGCCUUUCCGACCCGGAUGACAUGCACUGGCGAGUUGUGAGCCCUGAAAACAUCACUACCAUCUUUGGCGCCUCGGACACUUCGCGCAUAUAUGACACCGCGGCCGUCGCAGCUAGCGGGAGACGGCGCAUCUUCUCAUGGCUGCAAGACGAGGUGUACGACUCACGCGGGAACGCCAUGACGUUCUCUUACAAGCGCGACAAUUCCGAGGGCAUAGAUCUCGCGCAAGCCCACGAGCUCAAUCGUUCUGACCACUCCCGGAGCGCAAAUGCCUAUCUCAAGACAAUCCGUUAUGGGAACGUUGCCCCUAACCGUGAUGCCAGCACAUGGGAGGCUUUUCCGGCGUCUUCGCUGACCCGGGACCAGGCCACAUGGAAGUUCUCGGUCGUGCUGGACUAUGGGGACGAAUCUGCAUCCGAACAGGCCCUUUCCGGCACCGCAGGGAGUUGGGUGUGUCGCCAGGAUCCCUUUUCUCGCCAUAACGCGGGCUUUGAAGUGCGGACAUACCGACUCUGUCGACGGGUUCUAGUCUUUCACCACUUCGACGAACUAGGGGUGCCAGAUUGCCUGGUGUCGUCUGUUGACCUGGCAUAUGACGAAAACCCGGUUGCCACCUAUCUUAUUUCUGCGCAGCUGACGGGCUACCUUGGAACCGCAUCGGUGCAUAGGAAGAGCCUGCCGCCCGUUGAAUUCGAGUACUCUCGAUUCCCGAGCGCGGAGGACCUGGAGUCGCUCCCCGUCAACCACGUGGACGCCGGGACCACCGAGAACUUGCCCAUCGGCCUGGAUAACGGAGGCGCCUACCGCUGGAUUGACCUCGACGGGGAGGGCAUCUCCGGAGUCCUAGCCGUGAACAACGAUGCCUGGUACUACAAACGAAACAUGACCGGUGCCUCGGAUUAUGGCAGUGCAACACCACCAGGCACGUCAUCAGAGACAGAUGAUGUUGAGGACGACAAGCUCGCGGCACAGCUGGGGCCGUUGGAGCCUGUCUACGCCGGUCCAUUCCUCGCUUCAUCGGCACGUAAUACGCAGUUUGGCGAUAUCAACGGCAACGGGAAGCUUGACCUUGUCUCCCGCGUCGGUGGGCAAUGGGGCUACUACGAGAGAGCCGAGGACGAGACACUGGGCUGGACCGAAUUCCGUCCCUUUCUCAGUGGCCCGUCCAUCACUGCGGACCAGACCGUGCAGCUCAUCGACCUGACCGGUGACGGCCUUGCCGAUAUUCUUAUCCACCAAGACCAGUUAUUCAUCUGGUUCCCUUUCUUGAGUCAAGACGCAAAGGGCUACGGACCGCCCCAGUCAGUGAUACAGGACCGAGACCCCGCUGGAGGACCUGUCUGUGUGUUUGGAGAUUCUGAGCAGCGCAUCUUCCUGGCAGACAUGUCCGGAGACGGGCUUGUGGAUCUUUGCCGCGUCAGGAACGGUGACUGUUGCUACUGGCCUCAGCUGGGCUAUGGCCGUUUUGGCCCGCAGGUUUCCUUCGAUAAUGCUCCUUGGGCUGAUAGUUACAACCAGUUCAGCAGCAGUCGCGUGAUCCUCACUGAUCUAGAUGGUUCUGGGACGGCUGACCUGGUCUAUCUGGGCGAGAAUGGCGUUGAUCUUUAUCGGAACCAGUCUGGCAACAGCUUUUCCCCGAAGUUGCACGUCCCAAUUCCCUUUGCAGUCAAUGGCUCGGCUCUAGAUAUCGUCGAUCUCUUGGGCAAUGGGACGCAGUGUCUGGUUUCCUCGUCCCGCCUGCCUGGCGACUCGUCUCAGCCGCUGGUGUAUGUGGACAUCUUCCGGAACAAGAAGCCUCAUCUCCUGACGGGCGUCAAAAACAACGUGGGAGCGGAGACACGCCUUCACUACGCCCAGUCCACCAAGUUUUACAUUCAAGACCGGCAAAAUGGUCGUCGGUGGCUCACCCCCUUACCGUUUCCUGUGCAUUGCGUCGAACGGCGGGAGACCAUCGAUCGGGUGAGUGGGAAUUUCUUCUGCGACUCAUACCGCUACUCGCAUGGGUUCUACGACGGUGUCGAGAGAGAGUUCCGUGGCUUUGCUCGGGUUGAGAGGACCGAUACAAGCGACUUCUCCAAGCUCAAAGGGGUGUCACCGACGAACUCGAAUCCAGCAUGGAAGGUCCCCCCCGCGCGUACCGUCACAUGGUUCCACACUGGGGCAUACUUUCAUCGAGAAUCCAUGAGCGAGCUGCUCUCUCGCGAGUACGCAGACAUGACUCCAUACGCCAAUCUGGACGAUACCCCCCUGCCUCCAGACUGCACCCAGGGCGUGCAGAUGAUGGAGGCAUGUCGCGCGCUGAAGGGAAGACAGCUGCGGUCCGAGGUCUAUGCCGACGACGGCAGCGACAAGACGCAUAUCCCUUAUUCAGUGAGCCAGACCAACUACGUCAUUGACCCGAGACAGGUCACACAGGACGGGCACGGUCACGGCAUCUACUUCGUCCGUUCAGCCGAGACUGUGGAUUGUCAUCUUGAGCGGGUGAUGCAGGAUCCGAGAGUGACGCAUCAGAUGACCCUUGAGGUCAACCGCUUCGGGAGUCCUACCAAGGAGCUACACAUCUCUUACGGCAGGCAGCCGGGCCAGAGUCCGCUCAGCGCAGCAGAUGCCGCUGUGCAGGAGAGAACGGUCAUGCUGUACAAGGAGACUGACUUCACCAACAGCCUGGAUGGGAGCGGGUAUCGUGCUCCUGCAGCCUGCGAAUCACGCCAGUAUGAAAUGCGCGGCCUCAAGCCCAAAAGCAAUGGUGGGAAUGGCCUGUUCAGCUACGCGGAUAUGGUGGCCGACGCGUUCUCUGCCAUCUUGCUUGUCCCUUUGAUUCAGUCGGGGGACGAGAUCAGUCAAGCUCGUUUGCCCGCGCGGCAGCUCGUGAACCAGGAGCGGACUCUAUUCCAGGCCGACAAUCUCUCCAGCCUGCUUCCCGUUGGAGAGAUGCAGUCCAUGUGUCUACCCGGUGCCUAUCACCAACUGGUAUAUACACCGGGUCUCGUCCAGAAACUCUUUGCACAAGACUCCGGCUCCGAAACCCUGAUUUCAAUGAACGAGAUCUUCCAAGGCAAGGGAUAUGUGGAUCUCAACGGCGACGGAAAGGUCUGGACAGCAUCAGCCAGGGUGUCUUAUGCCACCGACCCGUCUUCUUCCAAUCCAGCCCAAGAGCUAGAGGAAGCCAGGAACAGUUUCUUCCAGGCCAAGACUUUGUUCGACGGAUUUGGCAACCCCUUCUACGUCGAGUACGACCGAUACAAGCUGUUCCCUCUCCGCACCAGGGAUGCUCUGGACAACACAACCGUGGCAACCAUGGACUAUCGGACGCUGCAACCAGCCCGAGUGAGCGGCCCAAACGGCAACGUGUCGUCCGUCGCUUUUGAUGCCCUCGGCAUCAUGUCCGCAAUCGCCGUGUCCGGGAAACCAUCCGACAACCUCGGAGACACCGUGGACGGUUACGACCCUGACAUUACUCAGGGUGCCCUCGAUUCCUUCAUAGCAAAUCCAACAGAGUCCGCAGCCGCGUCUCUGCUGGGAAAUGCCACCACUCGCAUCCUACACGACCCCUGGAAGCAGCGGAAUGCCGGCACACCCGUGUUCACUUGCCUCAUCUCCCGCGAGACCCACGUGAACCACGCCCCUCCUCAGCAAGGCAGGCGGUUAUUCCAGGUUCACAUCAGCUACACCGACGGCUUCGAGAGAGUCAUCCAGACCAAGAGCCGGACCAAGCCGGGGCCUUUGUCGGACGACGGCGGACCCAUAGCCAAUGACCGGUGGGUCGGCAGCGGCUGGACAGUGUUUAACAACAAGGGUGAUGCGGUGCAGCGGUUCGAGCCCUUCUUCGACACGACCGCGGCUUUUCAGCCGGAGAUGGCAGUCGGCGUCUCGUCAAAGACGCUCUAUGAUCCUCUGGGCAGAGCGGUAGCCACGCUGCAUCCGAACAGGACGUUCGAGAAGACUGUGUUCGGACCCUGGCACCAGCAGGUGUUUGAUGUCAAUGACAAUGUCCUUGUCUCGGAUCCAAGGGCCGACCCUGAUGUUGGGCAUCUGUUUGGGGGUCUUCCGGAGGAGGACAUGGUGCCAUCGUGGUAUGAUGGGAGGAAGAAUGGUGCUCUAGGCAGUGCCGAGCGUGAUGUGGCGAUGAAGACGGCGCAGCAUGCCAACACGCCGAAGUCGUCGCAUCUCGAUAGCCUGGGACGAGUCUUCCUUGUGGAGGACAGCACCAGUUCAGAAAGGGUCGGUUUCACUGCUGAGCUGGACGUCUUGGGCAAUCUGCGUGCCGUCAGGGAUGCACUUGGUCGCAAGGCUUUUGUAGCCCAGUAUGAUUUGUGUCAGCGGCGGACUCACUACGCUACAAUUGACGCCGGAUCAGUCUGGAACUUCGUCGAUGGCACGGGCGCGGCUUGUAUGUCGUGGAAUGCGCGUGGGUUCCGGACUCGCCUGGAGUACGACAAGCUGCGGCGGAGGACGAAAUCCUGGUGGCGAGAUGCGGGCACAAAUGUCGAGGUGCUCACCAGCCACAUCUCGUACGGUGAGGAGUAUGUGUCGAGCGGCCCCGGCGACACGGCCAAGGCACAUAAUCUGAGAGGCGAGAUCUGGCGGGUACUUGAUCAAUCUGGCAUGAUGUUGAACAAGGCGUAUGACUGGAGUCGCAACUUGACUGAGUCAAGCAGGAAACUGGCGAGGAUCUACACCAGGACAUUUGAUGUGGCAACUGAGAUGGAUCUCGAGGAAGAGACGCACAAUGAGACGGCAAGCUUCGACGUCUUGAGUCGUCCGGUGCGCACUUUCUCCCCGGACGGCACCAUCACGUCGAGGGUGUACAACGAAUCAGGCCUCCUAGACAUCAUGUCCGUCAACGCGAAGGGCGAGCAAGACCCUCAAAGCGAUCCGUCAACCUGGGAGCAGGAAGUCACAGCAGUCGAGUACAACCCAAAGGGCCAGAUCACGCGUCUCGCGUACGGCAACGGCACCGUAACGACACGGACCUAUGACCGGCGCACGUUCGAGCUGAAGCGCCUGCGGACAACAGCACAAGACGAACGAGUCGUGCAAGACCUGAACUACAUUUAUGAUCCAGUUGGAAACAUCAGCAGCAUAUCCGACAGCGCGCAGCAGACCAUCUUCUUCCGCAACACUGUCGUGAGCGCCAACAACGACUACACCUACGACGGCCUGUACCGUCUCGUCUCGGCGUCAGGCCGCGAGCACCUCGGCCAGCACGCCGGUCCGCCCAGCGCAGUUGACCCAGACCCCGUGUCGAUGGCCGACCAGGCGAACAAUGGCCAGGCCAUGGGUCUUUACACCGAGACGUACAAGUACGAUCUCGUUGGGAAUUUGCUUUCGGUGCGCCACGCCAGCAGUGACUCGCGCAUGCCGGGAUGGACGCGGACAUACGCGUACAACGAGGCCAGCGCCGCCAGCGCUGCCAGCGCGCUCGGCGAGCCUGGAUCAAGGACGAACCGCUUGAGCCAGACGGCGGUCGGGUCCGUGACGGAGACGUAUGGAUACGAAGGUAGUGCCGGGCUGACGGGCAACAUGACGCGCAUGUCGAGCCUGCCAGUCAUGGUCUGGGACUUUGAAGACAGGCUUCAGGCCACCUCCAGACAAGUUGUUAGCCAAGGACAAGUUCCGGAGAUGACAUACUACGUCUACACCUGGCAGGGCGACCGGGUGCGUAAGAUUGUCGAGAGUCAAGCCGGGCCUAACUCGAGAGCUACGCCGCAGAGGCUGCACGAGAGAAUUUACGUGGGCGAUCUGGAGAUCUUUCGGAAGUACAAUGGCAGUGGUAAUGGUGGCGAGGGCGAAAAAAACAACAGCCCAGCCGUCAUACUCGAACGAACAACAUUCCACGCCCGCGCGGCCGACUACGGUCUGAUAGCAAACAUCUGCUCGCGAACACAAGGCACCGACACCGGCGUCCCGCGCCAGACACGCGUCCAGCUGCGCAACCACCUUGGCAGCGCGACGGCCGAGCUCGACGGUGGCACGGGCACCGUCUUGUCGUACGAGGAGUACUACCCCUUUGGCAGCUCCAGCUACGCCGCAACAUCC